CUCCGGGAUCGUGGCCGGGCCUCUUUUCGCUCCGCGGCGGAGGGAUCAGGACCCGUUGGGAGACGCGAGGUGGUGCUGCGACUGCGGAGGGAUCCGGGGGGCGGGGCUGCGUGCCGUGCGCAGAGCGGAAGGAGGGCCCGGCGGCGCGCAUGCGCAGUGCCCCCCGCACCCGCGCAAGCAGGGCUGAGCCGGGGCGCCAGGCAGCGGCGGGCGAGACCAACUCCCGGCGGAGCGCGGGGGUGGGCAGGGCCGGACCGUACCACCCGCCCAGCCAAUCAGCGCGCCCUCCCCGCCGGGACCAGGGAAACGGACUCCAGGGGGGCUUUCGAGCCCGGCGACCAAUCAGCGACCGCGGAACGCUGGGGAGGGGGGGGGGCCGAGACAAUCCCCCCACCCCUCCCCUCCCCUCCCGGGCAACGGCCCCCAACGGCUACGGUCUUAAAGGCACAGGACUUUUUCUGACGGAGGCCAAGAAAGGAAGCAGCUGGCGCCUGUCAGCGGAUUUAAAGGGCCCCGGGAAGUUCUCCGCGGCCUGAGGAAACGGAGGGGAGGCUUUUCCCGUCGGAGGGACCGGACGCCGCCACGUUAAAGGGAAGGACGAUUUUAAAAAACCGUCGGAGGAUUUAAUCCACCUGCCUUAAAGGAGAGGAGAAGGAGCGGCGGAGGAACCAAUCCUUAAAGGGGCAGGACACAGCCCCCGGGACCCUGCUGGUUGGGUGGGAUUUUAAUCCGGAUCGUUAAAGGGACAGCGCCCCGCCACCCUCCCCCAAAAUGCUGUGAUGUCACUGGAGGAAGCAUGACGUUUUUCCCUUUUCAGAGUCUUUAAAGGAGAAGCUGGCACCGGAGGACUUUAAACCAAUGCACUUAAAGGGGAAGUCAGGCCCAGAACUGCCGGGAGGCCGUGGUGGGCGGUGACGGCGCUCUCCCCACGGCCUGCGUUCUGCCACGGGAGGCUUCUGCUGAGAGCUGCUACUGGCCCUUUAAGAAUUAAAGGGUCAACCCCCUCCACCCCCCCAUUUUAAAGGCACAGGCUCCUGACGGGUAUGUCUGCUUAAAGAGACGGUGCUCGCCCCUCCGCACCAGGGCUUGCAGGUGACAGCCGGGCUGCCCAGGUCUGGACGCUUAAAGGGGCACGCCUUAAAGGCAAAGACACGCACAGGAUCCAUCUCCAGCGGAGGCUGUGAAAACCAGCCGGGAGGGGAGGAGCAAUCGCCUCCCCCACUUCCUGGAUCGGGAUUGGAAGAGGCUGGGCUAGGCCCCACGGCAAAGGACGCGCCGAGCAGGGGCGACACGGCAGCACCGGAGCCCCGUAAAGGGGAGGGACAGUCACCUCCAUGCGCUUCCUGGACCGGGACUGAGCGCAGGGGAGCUGGAGGACGUCAAAGCUGCUUUAAAGGGGAGGGACGGUUGCUCCCGGGACCUGGACUGAAGGAGGGCUCCGGCACCGGCACCGUCCGGCUGUGAAGGGGGCGGCACCGCUGCAAGGGGUGGCGAAGGACUCGGCGGACAGCGGGCGCUGCCAUGCCGCAGGCCGGGGAGGGGUGAGGGGCGCGGCCGGAGCAGCCUCCCCCCACCCCCCGCGCCGACCGCCCCGGGGCGUCAUGGAGGGCACGGGGCCGCCCGCCUCCUGCUGGAGCGGGGGCGGGAGCCGGGCCCGGCGCAAGCGGCGCUGCUCGCGGCGGGACCGUGAGAGCCGGCGCCGCGGGGGCCGGCCCGGGGAGGCCGCGCGCCGCGGGGGGCUGCUGCCCCCGCCCUCCUCGUCCUCGUCCUCGGGCUCCGGGAGCGAGGGGGGCCCCGCACCGCCGGCCCCCGCGGCCCCCGGCAAGGCCCUGCGCCGCCGCCGGCCCCCGCGCCGCAGGAAGCGGGCCUCGGCCUCCUCGGGCAGCCGGGAAGAGGACGAGGACGAGGAGGAGGAGGAGGAGGAAGACCUCAUCGACGGCUUCGCCAUCGCCAGCUUCGCCAGCCUCGAGGCCCUGGAGAAGGACGCCUCCCUGAAGACCCCAGAGCGGCUGGAGCAGCGCCUGAAGCAGUCGGGCAAGCGGAAGCGGGGCGAGGGCAGCGGCUCAGAGGAUGGGCCAGGCCGUGCCGGCAGCUCGGAGAAGGGCCGCGGGCGGCGCCCGGGGGACCGGGCUCUACGCAAGCCGGGCAAGCGGCGGAGGAAAGAGGCUUCCCGCCACUCCUACCUGGAAACGGGAUACAUAUGUGAUGCCGAGAGCGACCCCGAGGAGCAGGCCUCCGCCGAUGAACUGGACCAGUCGUUCACUGUCUCCGCCAGCAAAGGCCCGGGCCCCGGCGGUGCGGUGAACGGGACGCGGGAGGCCAAGCUCUCAGUCAUCCCCAAGGUGUCGGGCCUGGAGCGGAGCCAGGAGCGGAGCUACGAGGCUGACCGGGACGCCCUGCUAGUGCCUUUCCUGUCCAAGGAGCCCCCGGCCCCGGCGGCCCCGGCCCCCCCACCCCGCCCCCCCAGCCCCCUGGCGCCCACCCGGGCCCCGCCUCCUGGCCCUACCGCCCCCCGCGGCGCUCCCCUGCCCCGCGCCCAGCCCCCCGGCCUGCCCCAGCCCCACAUGAAGGUGUCCCCCUUCGCCAGCCAGCCGCAGCCCGGGGUCUACACCGCGGGGCUCGACCUCAGCACCGGCGGGUCCGGCCGGAGCAGCGCCCACGCCAAGCCCUUGCUGCCCGCCUCGGCCGCCCCCGCCUCGGCCCCCGCCUCGCAGCUGCCCCCGCGCCCCUCCCCGCCCUCGCUGGCCCUGCCCCCCCACGCCUUCCCCGCGGCCCUGCGCCCCCCCUCCCACCACCACCCCCCACUCUUCCCCCCCUCACCUGGCCUGCCCCCGCCCCCGCCCCUGCUGCAGGUGGCUGGACACCCUGCCGCGGCCGCCGCCCUCUCCGAGCCCGAGCUGCUGCGGCCGGACCUGAGCUCCCGGUUCCUGGCGGGGCCCGGGGGGGCCGACGUGGGGGCUGCCGCUGCCAUCCGGCCCCUGGCCUUCCAGUUCCACCAGCACAACCACCAGCACCAGCACACGCACCAGCACACGCACCAGCACUUCACCCCCUUCCCGCCUGGCGUGGUGCCCGCUCCCGCCCCUGCCCCCGCCAUGUUUGAAAAAUACCCAGGCAAGAUCGAUGGGCUGCUACGGCAUAAUUUCUAUGCUACCUUCCCCUCGGCCAUGCCUGGGAUCCCGCCUGUCCUGCCCCCCACCGUGUCCUUUGGGUCCUUGCAGGGGGCCUUCCAACCCAAGAGCACUAACCCGGAGCUUCCCUCACGCCUGGGCACCGUCGCCCCCAGCCUGUCCCAGAAGGGAGCACAGCUCACGGACCCCUUCAGGCCCACACUGCGGAAGUCGGGCAAGUGGUGUGCCAUGCACGUCCGUGUGGCCUACAUGAUCCUUCGACACCAGGAGAAGCUUAAGCUCAUGCAGGGCGACCCCCACAAGCUGGAUUUCCGGAACGACCUCAUCACCUGCCUGCCGGGCACUGGGGCCUUUGGGACCCUGGCACAUGGCCCUGAACUCACCCGCCCAGCCACCCUCUUCACCCCUGCAGGUGCUGUCCACCCGGGCUCCGCCGCCCACUUCGGGCCCCCCGGUGCCCCUCCUGGCGCCUUCCUGGGCCCCAGCGCACACAUCGACCCCUUCAGCCGACCAGCCAGCUUCUCAGCCCUGGGAGCGCUGUCCAAUGGGGCCUUUGGGGGCCUAGGGAACCCCACCUUCAACUCGGGUGCGGUGUUCGGGCAGAAGGACAGUCCCGGGCCACCGGCCUACGGCCCUGCCCACGACCCCUGGAGCCGGCUCCACCGCACGCCGCCCUCCUUCCCCACUGCCCCUGCCUGGCCCAAGGCCGCUGGCGACGGCCCCGACCGCCCCCACGACAAGGAGCCCGAGAAGCGCGAGGUGCCCGCCAUCAAGGACGAGAAGGACAGGGAUACUAUCUUCUCCCGGCACCCCCUGCGAGCUUCCCCGGCGCCCCCCAAGCCCCCAGCAGCCCUGGCACACGAGGAGGCGGCAGCGGGCAGGACGGAGCUGGGCCGGGAGCUGCGCUACGGCAGCCCAGCAGGGGGCGGUGCCUCGCGCUCCCCUUACCCGGAGGCACAGUUGAAGAAGGAGGUGAAGGUGAAGGAGGAGCCCGAACUGGGCGGCUUCGAGGGGGCGCUGAGGGCGGGCGCCCCCUUCCCCGGCCCCCUCCACGUGGGCCACCCCCUGGGGGCAUUGGCCGUCUUCGACCGCGGACCCGCCGCAGCCACCGGCCACUACCUGGCGCCCGCCUACAGCAGCCUGGAGGGCUGGCGGGAGCCGUACCCGCGAGCACUGGAGCUGCCGCGCCUGCCCCGCUACCUGGAGCGGGAGCUGCCUGACGACUACGAGCGGGUGCGGCUCUACGGGCUGGCGCCCCCCUCGCCCCACCCGGGCCUGCUGCCCUACCCUCGCCACGCUGCGCUGCUGGGCAAGGCCCCGCCCUCCGCCUCGCCAGCCCCGCCCCCUGGCGCCACUGCCGGGCUGCUCAGCGCCCCACCUCCCCUCAUCCCCGCGGCCGCCACGCCCACCGCCCGCUCCGCCUCGCCCCGGCGGCCCCCCGACGUCCGCGAUCUCGCCGCCGCCUACAAGGACCGGGAGUCCAGAUAAGGGGCACGGCCCGGCCCCUGCCCCGAGCAGGGCAAGGACUCUAGGGGGCAACAGGGGCAUGGGGUGGCAUUUGGCCCCGCUCCCUGGCUGUGUUGGUAUCCCUUGUGGCUCACCAACAGCCAAUUUUGUGCCCCGCGGGUGCAACGGCAGCCAUUUUGGCACCCUCUUUGCUGCGGUGGCAGCCAUUUUGGUGCCUCGGUGCCUGGUGACUACCAUUUUGGCAGCCCUUCCAGCCGAACGGCAGCCAAUUUCACACCGUGAGGCCUGACACCGGGCAUUUUGGCACCCCUCUGUCCUGGUGGCAGCCAUUUUGGUGCCCUGGGGGCCUGAUAGUGGCCAUAUUGGCUCCGACCCCAGCUUGGUGGCCACCAUUCUGCUGACCCCAGCCUGGCAACAGCCUUGCUAGCACAGCUUGGUGGUGGCCAUUUUGCUGACCUGGGGCCUGGCAACGGCCAUGUUGGUGCCCGCUCUAUGCCAGUGGCAGCCACUGAGUUGCCCUGGGAGCCUAGCAACGGCCGUAUGGGCUCCACCUCUGGCCUGGUGGUGGCCGUUUUGUUGCCCCGGGGCCCGACAACAACCAUUCUGGCACCCCUUUGGCCUGGCGAGGGGCAUGCUGGCUCUGCCCCUGGACUCGGGUGCCCCCUGCUGGACUGGACGAGCUGGGGGAGGCCAUCGACACCACCCGAAGGCAUCAGGAAGAUUUGGGGGGCCUGCCAAGGCAGGGCUGCCCCCCCCCCCAGCUUGUAUAUAGAUCGGCCCUCCCCCGCUCGUGCCGGGAGCCUUUUGUACAUUUAUAACGGGUUUGAGAUGGUGGUUUUAAAUGAUGACCCCCACCCCCCACGCCCUUCCACACUGCCCUGCCCUCUGGUUUUUAAUGUAUCGCGCUCUUUUUCUAUUCCUGUAUCAACGUCGUGACGGGUCCCUCCCCCUCCCCAACCCCAUCGGGACUGAAAGGGUUAAUGGGACGGGGGGAGGGGCUGCAGAGGCGCCUGCCCCCUCCUCCCUCCCUCCCUCCUUAUUGGAUGCUGCGGUUCCUAGCCCCUCCCUCACUUUUUGGUUUAAUUAAACCCCAAAUUGGUGCUUC